CCGGGCCCAUAGCUGAGUUCCCGUCCAAGCCACGGAGCAGUGCAUGCACGUCGCCAAUGGAGAACUCCAGCCUGUCAAUGAAUGCGUCAGACAACUGGUGGGGCUCCUGGUGAGUCGGGGUAGACUGGCAGAACACCGAUGAAAAGGAGGAGGCCAGACACUCACUCAUUUUCUUGGGAUCACCACUCACCUGGCCACCUGGGAGCCUAAGCGGGCCCACAGUGGCAGGGGCAGUCUUCUUGGAUCUGACAUAGGCAUGAAAAAGUUUAGGGUUGUCUCUCCACGCAUCAAUCAGCCCUGCUUCAUACCUGGCCUGGGAAGACACGGCAAACGAUCUGCAUUGGCGGUUCAGGCUGCAAAACUUUGAAUACGCUUCAAGAGCAUCGUUAGAGCGCCUACCACUCUGUCUGCGGAUAUUCUUGUAGGCCUGCCAAGCGUGCUGCCGGUCCCGUAUCAGACUCCCUGGGGGCGUUACCUUCCAUGGCACAGCACUCCUGGGCCGGAGGGUCUUGACAGGUACAUGUUCCUUAACUACAUCACUGACAAUCUCAACAAAUUUAUCAUAUGAGGAAGUUACGUUAAGGUAGGCAAACUCAAAAUCCCAGUCAACAAGCGAUAGUACUUCCGAGAUCGCCGUGUAGUUACCCUUGUGCCAUGCUAGACGGUUGUUGGGGACGGUCUCUUCCAGCUCACCACCUGUUUCAAAUACAUAGUCAAACAGGACUGGACAGUGGUCACAGGCUGGCAGCGGAGCUUCAGUGCACACGUCGCCGAUACGAUCAUGGUCAGUGGUGAGAAGAAGAUCCAGCGUGUUCCCUGAUCUAGGGUACGUAGGUUGCGUGACCCACUGUAUCAGGCCACAACUCCUGAAAAGCUCUAAGAAAGACCCAGAUAAGGAAGAUUCCCUGUGGAGAGAGAUGGAUGUCGCAUUAUUCCAGUUGAUAUCUGGGAGGUUGAAGUCUCCCACGAUAAUAACCUCUCUGUCACAGACCAACAAUUUGAGGACAUCUAUCGAUCUAUAAACAAAGAUCGAAGGUCUAUGGGUGUUUUUAUAUGCCUUGGUUUUUAUAUUGGCGUUGUUUGUGUGGGUCUAUGGAGCGCUGUGGAGGGAACAGGUUCAUUACCACCUCGAAAAUGACUGUCCACAUUGGAUGUCAUAAUUAGACAUUAGUGUAUAAAUCUCAAUGAUAUUUUCUCCAGAAGUGAAUACGUGAAAACGGAAGUCAAAAAUGCAUGAAGCAUAUGAGUGUAUACCAAUUCUGGAGAAGCUUCCCCUGCAAAUUGAAUCAAUUGCAACAUUUGAUGACAAGGUGGCAGUGGGCACUAAACAGGGCCACCUGCUGCUCUACGCGCUCAAGCCCAGCGCCAAGCCGUGCCGCUGCGAUGUUCAGUUGCUCAGGUCGAACAAGAAUUUCUCCAAAAAGGCCGUGCUACAGGUGGAGGUGCUGCCAGAAUAUCAGACCCUGAUAUGUCUGUCAGAUAAUCUGGUAACUGCACAUGACCUGGGGUCAUUCAACUUUAACCUGUUAACCUCAAUACCCAGAUCCAAAGGAGCAUCCAUGUUCAAAGUGGACAUACAGCGGCAGACCAGCCUGACUGGCGACCAGUCGCUGGUGGUACGACUCUGUGUGGCUGUCAAGCGGAAGCUGCAGCUGUACUACUGGAAGAAUCGCGAGUUCCACGAGCUGAUGGCAGACCUGGCUGUUCCGGACGUACCGCGAGCACUGGCCUGGAACGGCAAUGCCAUCUGCGUCGGGCUGCGCAGCGACUAUUUCCUGCUCAAGCUGUCUGGCGAGGAGCGUGAGCUGUUUCCCACGGGCAAAUCCGGUGAGCCGACCAUCGCCCACCUGGGCGAGGGCCGACUGGCGCUGGUGCGGGACCAGCAGACCAUCUUCAUAGACCGCGACGGCAACCCCACGCAGAAGCUGCCCGUCACCUGGUCCAAGGUGCCACACGCGCUGCUGUACGACGCGCCGUACCUGGUGGCACUGUGCGCCGCCCACGUGGAGGUGCAGACGGUGGAGCCGCGCCGACACAUCCAGACCAUCAGCUGGGAGGCGCCGCGGUUCAUGGCGCGCACCGGCGCCGGCCAGAUGGUGCUGGCGUCUGCGUCUCACCUCUGGCUGCUGCGGGCCGUGGCGGUGGGCACUCAGGUCAACAGUCUGGUGCAGCAGAGACAGUUCCAGCUGGCGCUGGAGCUGGCCAACCUGUCCAGCGACGCCGCCGACGAGAAGGCCCAGCAGCGGCAGCACAUCCGCAACCUGUACGCCUUCGACCUGUUCACCCAGAAACACUUCAAGGAGGCGAUGCAGAUAUUCCUGGAGCUCAACACGGACCCGUCUCACGUAAUCGGCCUGUUCCCGGACCUUCUGCCGCAGCAGUACUGGAGUCAGCUGGAGUACCCGGGCCGGCUGGCCGAGCUGCAGGGCAGGGACCUGGAGAACGGCCUGGUGGCGCUCUCCGACUACCUCAUACAGGUGCGCCACCAGCUGAUGAAGGACGACAGCAGCAGCAGCACCGUCUGCAACCGGGCCAUCGUGGAGGGCAGCGGCACGGUGCGCUCGCGGCCGCAGCUGCUGCAGAUUGUCGACACCACGCUGCUCAAGUGUUACCUGCAGACCAACUCGGCGCUGGUGGCCUCGCUGCUGCGGCUCAAGGACAACCACUGUCACCUGGAGGAGACGGAGCACGCGCUCAAAAAGGACCACAAGCUGGCCGAGCUGAUCAUCCUGUACCAGACGCGGCGGCUGCACCGCCGGGCGCUGGAGCUGCUGGUGCGGCACAGCGGCCGGGCCGAGUCGGCGCUGUACGGCACCGACUGGCUGGUCCACUACCUGCAGCACCUGGGCGCCGAGCACAUGGACCUGAUCGAGGAGUUCGCGCGGCCCGUGCUGCUCCAGAGCCCCGACCAGGGCCUGCUCAUUUUCACCGACGACCUGCAGGAGGUGGAGACGCUGCCGCGGGCGCGCGUGUGCGAAUACCUGCGGCGCACGGCGCCCCAGCUGCUGCCCCAGUACCUGGAGCACGUCAUCAACGUGUGGCACGAGACGCACCCCAUGUUCCACAACGAGCUGCUCUACCUGUACCGGGCGCUGGCCGAGAGCGCCGAGACGGCCGAGCGGGCCGGCCACUACCGGCGCCGGCUGGUCGAGCUCCUCACGCGCUCCGAGCACUACAUACCCGAACAGAUCCUGGUGCACUUCCCGCACGACGCGUUCUUCGAGGAGCGAGCCAUCCUGCUGGGCAGACUGGGCCGCCACGAGCAGGCGCUCACCAUCUACGUGCACAUCCUGCGCGACCCGGGGAAGGCGCUGCAGUACUGCCGGCACCACCACGGCGGCCGCCGGCCCGCUGACGAUCAGGUGUACCUGACGCUGCUGGCUCAGCUGGCCACCGAGAUCAGUCCCAAGCUGCUCGGGGUGCUGGCGCCCUCGUGCGCGCCGCUGCCGCCCGACUUACGUGCGGCCAUCCAGCUGCUCAACCAGCACGGCGAUAAGAUGGACCCGGUCGAGGCGCUGCGCCUGCUGCCGGCCUCGCUCGGCGUCGGUGACCUGGAGCGCUUCCUGGUGAGCUCUGUGGCGCGCCGGCAGACGGCACUGCGCCGCCACCAGCUGGAGAGCGCGCUGUGCCAGCGGCAGGCGGAGCGGCAGCGCGCCGGCCGAGGCCGACACCGCAGUCGCCGACUCACCCUCAGUGACGGACAGACGUGCCCCGCCUGCGGCCGACGCUUCGCCGCACAGAGCGCGUUCGCGCUGCUGCCCGGCGGCGACGUCGUCCACUACGCGUGCCGGCAGCCGGAGUCGCCGCGGCCGGCGUGCUAGUGCAGCCGCCGGCCGGCUGUGGCGGACGGCGACCCGUUGGCCUUGUUUGACCGUAUUGGGACGGCUGUGUCCUGUUCAGAGGGGGCGCUUCUGUGCUCCACUCUUUGGUGGUACACAGGCGGCAGCGCACUCCGAGUCAGUAGCGCCUUCAGGCUGCGCGAGCAUGUCUUAUGUUAAUGGGAAUGUUUUGUGAAGUGCCUUAUGUGCUUAUUGUGUGGUCUGUUUACUUCAUUUGCUGGAUAUGCCAAAGUGUGUUGUGCGGCCUCCGUGAGGUCUAUAUUACCAGUGAUUAACAGGGGACAUUAUAUCUCAUAUUUAUCGCCUUGCAACGCUGUGCGAGGGUCGUGGAGUCAUGCACAUCGGAUAGAAGACGCAGGAGUCUUGCAGACUGUCCUGUACCUAUAUGGAAAGUCAUGUAUUACAUAUAUUGAAUAUAUUUCAGUGCUGUUGAA